GUAAAUGAAAAUGAAAGUGAAUAUUUGACUGAGUAAAGAACAAACACACAUAGCAGUUCAAAUAUUCAAUGCCAACUAUGUGAGGAAGAAGCGCAAACGAGGCACAUCAUGAUUUGCCCUCCAUGUGGAAAUAAACUCGAAGGGUCAUUUGAAAUCUGUCCUGGAUGUGGCUUCAAGUUAUCUGCCCUGACUGAAAAAAAUGCUCAAGAUGGUGCCACAUCAGCACAUCCAAUUUCAACCACUGCUGAGGAGAAAAACCAAAAGAAAGAUCAAGACCAUGCUGUUAAAGAAAGCACUACUCAAAUACAGGAACAGUUGGCCACUGGUGAAUCAGAACCAACCAGAGAGGAUGCUACAUCAUCAGAUAUCAUUACAGGCCCAGCCGGGAACUCAGAUGUUAAUAAGAACCACACAAACACAGAACAAAAUAAAUUCACAAAACAGACUAGCAGGAAAAAAGACAAAGUAGUCAAAGAUAAGAAAUGUUAUUCAGAUGAUCAAAAUAUCCACAAAAGACAGAAUUCUACAAGCCUCAGCCUACCAACAAAGGGAACUAUCAAAAAGACCAAGCCGAGAAGAAAAACCAGUAAGACGAUCAAGAUCGGGCUUCGAAAGAUGUUUAAGAAAAACAAGAAAACAUCGCCCAAGAGAACUAAGGUUGCUGAUAUUAAUUCAGACAUGGAGACAGAUUCAGAACUGACAGAGACACAGGAUCCAGGAAAUGAAGAUGUAGGUAUCUACAGGCAAACAACUUCACCCUGCCCUUCCAGACCUCAAGUGGAAGAGAAUAUCUUGAUGACAUCCAGUAAAUUUCAGAUACCAGAAGAUUCAUCGGUCAAUGAAGUAAUACUGGUGUGCUUUCAUGCUGUCAUUUCUAAAGAAUUUCAUUUUGAACCAGAGGAAGACAUUGUUGUCCUAAAAUCUGAAGUGUUGUUUGGAAGCUGGGAUGCUGGGACUGCAAUGUUCCCCAGCCCUCUUGGGGACAACCAAUAUCUUAUUGAAGGACAGUAUCGGAUUCCCAAGGAAAGAAUUCAAGAGAGCAUUCCCUACAAAUAUGCAGUUCGCAAAAAGGAGAAUGACUUUAUCUAUGAGACCAUCUACCAGAAAGAGAAAAAUGAUAACUACAUCAACAGAUGUCUAACAAUCACACCAGAGCUUUUAACAGCAGAAGGAGAGUGGCAUCAAUAUGAUGAUAUGAUCCAUCCCAAACCGAAGAGUAAUUGGCCUUGGAAUUCUACAGAACAAACUGUGAUAGACGGGAGAAACUUUGCUGGCUGGGAAAUGUUAAAAAUAAUCUUUAAUCUUCUCAAAACUUGGAAUGAUCAGAAAGUGGAAGAAUUCUUUUCCCUACUGGAGCAGUUCUUUUUUACAUACAGUGGUCAUCUGCUUCAUGAUGGUAUGGAAAGACGAUGGGGAUUACCAUAUGAUUCAAAGCAGGUGAAAUACCUUCUUAAACAUUUUCUGGACAAACACUGGAGUUUUGAUGCCAUAAAGGAGACAGCAAAAAUACCAUCUCUCCAUGCGGGGAUUAUUGGUUUGCUUGUUUACAACAAGUAUCUGAAGGACAGCAUGAGAAAUCAACUUUCUAGUUUAUGCAGUCUUCUUUGCCUGCCUAAAAUGCCAAAGCAUCAUUUCCUUUCUUUCUGGAAAGACUUUGUAAAAGCUUUGCCAUAUAAAAACAGAUGGGUUGCAGAUACAGUUGAGACCCUUUGCCAUGACGCUAUGAGAUGCAGUAUUGAGAAGUGGGUGUUGGUCAUCCCUUUGGUUCAUCUACUGAGAGGAGAAAGCAAACCAUAUGAGCCAGUCCCACCUGUCUUGAAUCCACAGUUUGACUCCUGGACAGGCUUGAAGAGAAUCACAAGAACAGAUUUAUAUGAUGCUAGUCACAUGAAUUUGAUCCAGAUCAUGGAAGAACAUGACUACCUGAUAGACAUUGAUCAUCUUCUUGUGCACUCUUGGAUGUCUCUGAUGGGAGUUGAUUACCUAAUGAACGACAAGUUGAUUAUGUGUGUUGAACUUCGAGACAUUCUUCAGUGUUUGCAGUUCUUUAUCAGGUCUGGUAAUCGUAAACACAUGUGCAUGGUUGUGAGACAUUUGACAUCUUAUCUGAUCGAGAAAGAGAGCAAUCACAAGAAAAGUUUUGAUGACAGAGAUGGAGAGUGCUGCCUGAAAACUGCAGUAAUGCUUCUUGGUUCUGUCUGCUGUAUCACAAAAGACCCAGAGUUCUGGGAUCUUCCUCUUCAGUUCCUUGAUCUAGUCUGUGUGAUUGCCAGGGCAUAUGGCCUCACUGAUUCCCAGACAAGAAAGAUAAUUCAUGAAGAGUCAGUCAAGGACACAUUACAAAAAAUGAGGGAAUGGCAGACAAAUACCUUCCGGAACAAACUGCUUAAUAAGCAGGACGUUUUGCAGUUUUCUCGACCCAGUGAAAUACAGGCAUGGAGCAAAUUACUCUCAAUAUCUUUUAAUUAUGAGGAACACACUUCAUUAUGGAGAACCACAUUCAUGGAUGAUUUUCAAGACAAACUGAAAGAGGAACAUACUGUGGAUCAAAUUGGAAUAUACUGUAACAAGAUGGGCGAAAUGAGCAAGGAAAGUCCAUUGUUGUGCAGCAUAAUGGAGAACUGUGCAAUGGAGGCUGCUGCACAUAUUUGCCAGUCCAAAGAGGGAGAGAGGAAAGAGGGGAACGUGAGGAGAAAGUACAAGGUCAGGAAGAACCAGGAUAGAUCAGCUAUGUCAAAACUCUUGAGAAGAUAUGAUAUCACAAAAUUUUUAAAACUAAUGUCAGUUGUUGUGAUGGAGUCAUGGCCCAAAGAUGAAAACGGACAUGACAUACAAGACGAAGACUUGGUAUUUGACUACCUCAUGAACUGGCCCAUGGCCAAAACCAUCCUCAAAAUUGCAGGUGCAGGAGAAGGAUUGACUGACAAACUGUCAGAUGAAGCACUUUCCAAGAUAGAUUUGGGAAGGUCAGCCUUUAAAUCUGUUUCAAAGAAGUUCCUCAGUGGAGAGAUACAAAUUAAAGGCUUACUUCAAAUUUUCCAGAGAAAACAAGAAUUUCUUGAUUUCCUAAAGAUAGAUGGCCUGUGCGAUGAUGGUCGUUGUAAAGAUGAGAGUAACAUGAAAAUACUACUGAGACAAAGAGAAGUUGAAACAGAAGCUGUGCAUUAUGAGAAACAACUGGUCAAAACUCUUCUGCAAAUCUGCCAGGAGGUUCCAGAACACGUGAAAGUUGACUUGAAUGGUUUGGAUAAGAAACUUCAGCAGAACUUUGAGACAAUGAAUCUGAAUGAAUUUAUGAAGGUUCACACUCUGGAUGGCCUGAACUCUAGUGCAACAGCGAAUGUCACUUACUUCAACCUGUGUGAUGAAACCCACCAGAUGGCUUCUGAUAUCCAUGCCAUUAAAGAUAGUGGAAUCUUUAAAAUGUGCUGGGCAAACCAAGUGGAGGUACUGACAAGAGACCAAUCUCAAGAAGGCAACAGUGACAGAAAUCGGGAAAUCUACACUUUUGAGCAGGUCUAUAACAAAAUAUUCCAGACCUGCUACACCAACUACAAAAGGCUUUAUGUUAGUCUUAAGAGUGGGGAGCUUCUACUGGAGGAAACUGACAGCAUCUUUAAAGCCUAUAAAGGCAAGUAUGAAGACUUGGAGAAAGACUUAAACAUCAUGUGCAGAGUAGACCCAUCUGAUGACAAAUCAUGGAUCAGUGAAAGGGUUAACCAGAUUCAGCAGUACCAGGAUAUUCAUCUAGCACUGGAAACUUCUAAAAUUGUCAUGGAUAUCAAAAAUAUAAUAUGUCCACAAGGGGACUUCAGUGCACUGAAGAAACUGCUUCAAAUGAAUGAAUCCAACUUCAAGAAAAACAAUCUAAGCUACAUUGAUGAUGCUUUUCUACAUGCAAAAAAUAUUCUGAAAGACAUUUCAGACGAUCGUAAGGAAUGUCUGCAAACACUCAUUCAGAGUAAAGACUUUAUCCAGUGGACUAAACAAGAACUUAAAGACAUCAAUGAGCUGAAAGUGUUUGUUGACCUGGCAUCAAUCUCUGCUGGAGAAAAUGAUAUGGAUGUCGAUCGAGUGGCCUGUCUUCAUGAUGCUGUUCUUGGUUACUCAUCCAUGCUGUAUGAUCUGAAGCAGGAUUCUGAUUUUGCGAAGUUCAAUGACUCAUUAAAAAAAUUGUGGAGGGCACUUGAUAAUGACCAAAAUAUACCAAAAAAGCUGUGGGAUACUUCACGACACCUGGAAUGGUUAAAGUCUGUUAGAGAAAGUCAUGGAUCUGUUGAAUUCUCAUCUCUGUCUCUGGCUACAUCUGUCAAUAACAAAGGGAUAUAUAUCAUUAAGGCACAAGACCAGCAACAGGUUAAUGUCGAGAAUUCCCUGACACUGCAAAUUGACGACAGUCAUAAAAACAUGACAUAUACCUAUGAGGACCUCAAAGAGCUGCAAAAUAAACUUAUGCUGAUGUCUGGAAAAAAACAACAGAACCAGAGUGAAGUUGAGCGCUUCACUGAGGUGUUUGACAACGUCCAAAGAUUCACCAAAGCAUUUGUAGACAUUUACACUGCAGGGAACCCAAUUUUUAGGUGUUGGGAAGCUAAGAUUUAUUGCAAAACUCAGAGUGACCCAUGUAUCAUUAUGGAAAUCAAGUUUUGCAAAACCCAGUAUUGCUUCAAAGUAACUGGAAGUUUAGCUGAACAGCUUGUAGCUCUGUCCAAGAAGAUGGAAAUGUUUCUUGAUGACUGGCAAAAAUUCAUGGAUGAACAGAGAACAGAUCAAUACUACUUGAACUAUUUCACAGCACAACAAAUAUUUUACUUGUGCAGCAUUUUGACUCCAACAAAUAUAAAUACAGAAAUAGAAGACAGAGCACUGAUGAUGCUUUCUUUUAUCAAACCAAACUGCACAACAUUAGAUGUCCGGAGUAUUUGGAGACAUAACCAAUAUGAACUUCGCAAAAGGUAUAAUGAACACAGGGAUUCAUCUUCACACAGUGUUAUUCAUUUUGCACAUGAAAGUGACGCAGCGGAUGAGGCAGACCAGACUCUUGUUUUGAAAGAAUUGGAGGAGUUGUGGAAUGGCUACAUGAAGAAUGAGGAAAUAUUUUUCCAUGACCUACUAGACAUUAGGAGUUUGGGACGUCUUUUACAAUUGAUGACAGACAAUCCAAAUCACAAUGAGUGGGAAGCGGAACCAGAACUCUCAGAGACGAGAGACUGUUCACUCAGAAGGGAGUUUCCAAAAGGCCUAAACUCAAAACAACCUAAUCUCAUAAUCUGCCCACAUGAUGAGGUCCUGACUUCAAGUAUCUGCUUGUACAUGAAUGACUACUACGGGUCACUGCCAACUUAUGAUGAAGUGCUCUUGUGUUCCCCUUCAACAUCUUAUGAACAAGUAGAGCUUUUUCUGAGAAGAUGUCUCACACCAGGUGACAUUGGCAGAAAGAUUUACACGAUGCUGUGGGCAGACCAGCUUUCCUAUGAUGUUAGCUGUGCCAUGGAGAAAUGUUUUCAGAAAUUGUGCUCCCCUAAAAAUGAUUACAGACUAGUGAUCUUUUGCAGCUCUGACAGGGAGCAUACUUACAUUCCUACUGCAUUCAGUCAGUACAAAACAGACUUCGUGCCACAGGAGCCACUGGAAAAGAUCCAACAGUAUUUGUCCCAGCAUUACACAGUUACUUCAGAUUACAAGAAUGCUGUGUUCAAAGGUGGACAUUCUUUGGGUAUUGUUGCUUCCAGUCGGGCAGGAGUAGGCAAGUCACUGUAUGUCCAAAGGUUGUACGAAAAACUUGAGAGAAGUGUUGACCAAGGAAUAGCCUUUAAGAAGUGCAUCAGGCUAACUGAACAUGAAGUUGAUGACCACAAGAUUCUCCAGUUUUUAUAUGACACACCAAAACAAAAAGAUAUUAAGGUGUUUCACUUUGAUGUCACGUCCUCGGUGCAAAAGGGCCUGAAUGAAUUCAUAUUCAAGCUUUUCUUUUUGCGGUACCUGAUGGAUUCAAAUGGACAGAUGUGGCAAUGCAGCCAGAACCACUUAUAUGUUAUUGAGUUACUGGAGUCCACAAAUGAUCAGAACAGAUGUGAUACCAGAUUGGGUCGAAAUGAAAAUUUUGCAUUCUCAGAUGUUUUCCCAAAGCUGUUUUGCCACCCACCAAAAAAGGUUAUGGCUUUGGAAAUGCAAAAAGAAGAAAAUCCAGACAUGGACUGUGGUGACCCCCUGAUGGAUGAUGAAUGUUUCACAAGUGAAGCUUAUCAAAGGCCAUACCAGUACCUAACACGUUUUCACAAUAAGGACAAUCUUGACAACUUCACGUUCCAGGGUACUGAAGGGACUCAUGCAAAGUGUCUUCAGAUACUCUUAAUCUAUUGUGGUAUAAUAGAUCCAUCAUGGGCAGAGCUACGUAACUUUGUGUGGUUUCUUAAUCUUCAGUUGAAAGACUGUGAGAAUUCGGAUUUCUGCAAAGUUGAGUUGGUUGGAGACACUCUUUGUGGCUUCAAAAACUUUGUGGUUGAGUUCAUGAUCUUGAUGUCCAAAGACUUUGCAACACCAUCACUAUGCAUCACUGACCAAAGCCCAGGGAGGCAACACGUUGACAUCAGUGGACUAAAAGAAAAAGAUUUAGCCCCAUUCCUCAUUAGAAAAAGGUGGGAAUCAGAGCCACAUCCAUACAUCUUUUUUAAUGACGACCACAUGUCCAUGACAUUCAUUGGAUUUCACCUUAGGCCCAAUAACCAGAAAGGGUUUGAUGCAGUAAAUCCUUUGACAAAAGAAGUGAUUAAGAAAAACAUCAUGACUCGACAGCUGUACAAUGGAUUAAAACUUCAGAGAGUUCCUUUUAAUACAGACUUUGAUCAGCUUCCUAGAGCUGACAAGAUUGAGCAUCUGUGCAGUGUGCUUGGCGUCAAGUGGCCAACAGAUCCUGAUGAAACAUAUGAACUGACCACUGACAAUAUCCUCAAAAUGAUGGCAAUUCAUAUGAGAUUCAGGUGUGACAUUCCUGUCAUCAUAAUGGGGGAGACGGGAUGCGGUAAAACAAGGCUGAUAAAAUUUAUGUGUGAACUAAGAAGAUGUGGAGCACCAGCAGAAAACAUGAAACUGGUCAAAAUUCAUGGAGGAACUACAUCAGAAAUGAUUUAUGAGAAAGUGAAGGAAGCUGAAACUCUUGCAAGGACCAAUAAAGAGAAUCAUGAGCUUGACUCAGUUCUUUUCUUUGAUGAGGCAAACACCACAGAAGCAGUUAAUAGCAUCAAGGAGAUCCUCUGUGACAACUCAGUGCAGGGAGAAGAACUUGGCUCUAAUACAGGGCUAUAUAUUAUUGCAGCCUGCAACCCUUACAGAAAACAUACAGACCAGAUGAUCAAGCGGCUGGAAGCAUCAGGACUGGGCUACCGGGUUCGGGCUGAGGAGACUGAAGACAGACUUGGCUCCAUCCCUCUCCGCCAGCUUGUGUAUCGUGUUCAUGUGUUACCACCCAGCAUGAUACCUCUUGUUUGGGAUUUUGGACAACUCAAUGACUCAACAGAGCAAAUCUACAUUGAACAAAUAGUCCAAAGACAGGUGAAGGCCAGCUUCAUUGAAAAGGACUGUAUUCCAACAAUAAUUAAAGUUUUAUCAUCUUCACAAAAGUUCAUGAGAGAGAGGAAAGAUGAAUGUAGCUUUGUCAGUUUGAGAGAUGUUGAACGUUGCAUGCAAGGAUUUCUGUGGUUUUACAACAAUCACCCAAUGUUUGCUGAAAAUCUAAAAGACUUGUUUCAGCAGCAACAAAAAAACAACCCACCAUUUUCACCUGCCAGUGAUAGAGUACUCUGGUCACUCUUGAUGGCUACUGGAAUGUGCUAUCAGUCCUGUUUAGAAAACAAAGAGCAGUAUCAGAAAACUAUCAGCCAAAUUUUUCCAGAUGAGUAUACACUACAACGAGUACUGCAGGAAAUGGAGCUCAUGCAGGACCUCCUACUCAAUCGUGUACCCAUGGGUGAGACGAUUGCCAGAAAUGAGGCUUUGAAAGAGAACUUUUUCAUGAUGGUGGUCUGCAUUGAACUGAGAAUUCCCCUGUUUAUUGUUGGGAAACCAGGAAGCUCCAAAUCACUGUCUAAAACUCUAGUUGCAAAUGCAAUGCAAGGCCCCACAUCACAUUCUGACCUCUACAAGAAGCUGAAGCAAAUACAUCUGGUGUCUUUCCAGUGUAGCCCCCAUUCAACUCCAGAAGGAAUCAUUAAUACAUUCAAGCAAUGUGCUCGCUUUCAAGAAAGCAAAAACCUGGAUGAAUAUAUUUCAGUAGUUGUUCUUGAUGAGAUUGGAUUGGCUGAGGAUUCCCCGAAGAUGCCACUGAAAGCACUGCACCCAUUACUGGAAGAGGGUUGUGUUGAUGAUGAACCAAAACCUCAUAAAAGGGUUGGGUUCAUUGGAAUUUCCAACUGGGCACUGGAUCCUGCCAAGAUGAAUCGUGGAAUUUUUGUGUCCCGUGGAGAUUUAAAUGAGCAAGAGCUCAUCAAAAGUGCCAGAGGAAUCUGCUCCUCUGAUCAACAUGUUCUUGAAAAGAUCAAAAACCUGUUCCAACCUUUUGCAAAAGCAUAUAUGACAGUAUGCGAUAAAAGCAAAGGAUUUUUUGGUCUGCGAGACUUCUACAGUCUGAUAAAGAUGUUAUUUUCAAUUACCAAAACAUCUAAUGAACCUCCUGCUGCAGAUCAGAUCACCGGAGCAGUCCUGCGAAACUUCAGCGGAAAAGAUGAUGUUGAUGUAAUUAACACAUUCCGCAAAGAACUCAGAGAUGACUUUGCCAAUGUCAGAAUCCCAACUAUUGAUUUGGUUAAGCAAAGCAUCUCUCCAGCUUCUCAAAUGGAGGAAAGUCGUUACCUUUUAGUACUCACAAAAAACUAUGCAGCUCUUCAGAUUCUUCAACAGAUAUUCUGCUCUCAUCAAAUCUGCCCAGAGAUAAUCUUUGGGUCAAGUUUCCCGAAAGAUCAGGAAUACACACAGAUUUGCAGAAACAUAAAUCGUGUCAAGGUGUGCAUGGAGACAGGACAGACAGUUGUGCUUCUCAACCUUCAAAAUCUUUAUGAAAGCCUGUACGAUGCUCUAAAUCAGUACUAUGUGACGCUCGGAGGUCAAAAUUAUGUUGAUCUUGGAUUAGGAACACAUCGUGUGAAAUGCAGAGUUCACCAAAACUUCAAGCUCAUCGUCAUUGAAGAAAAGGAAGUGGUUUAUGAGCAGUUUCCAAUACCACUCAUUAACAGGUUGGAAAAACACUAUCUUGACAUCAAAACUGUCCUCACAGAGGAACAGAAGGUUAUUGCCACACAACUGGAGGAAUGGGUUAAUAAAUUUGUCUCCUCAGAAAAGAAGUAUGAUCCAAGUGAUGUGUUCAUCGGCUACCACUCAGACACUUGUUCCUCUGUAGUCAUGCAAGUAACAGAGUGUGAGAGUACUGAGACUGAUGCUCAGGUCACUCUGAACAAAGCCAAAGACAUUCUGCUCAACUGUGCCACUCCGGACUCAGUUGUUCGUUUGGACAAAUCCAAACUGCCUAAUGCGGAACGAGAGCAUUUAAUGCAAGAAUACGUUAAAGAGGCAAGGCACAGUUCACUGGGAGACUACAUUGUGUAUCACAUCCAGCAGCCCCAGCAGUCACACUUCUUAUUCACUGAGGUUACAACCUUUUCCAGGUUACUCACUGCCGUGGAUACUCAACACCUGCAGAGUCUGAUAAACCUUGAUGCUGUUCAGCUGCUAUCACUGCAGCAGUUUGACACUCAGUACUCAUUCCUCAAAAAAAUAAGGGAUUUUCUGGGCUCAACACACACAGACAAAGUCCUCAUUAUCCAAGCGGAGUAUGAUGAAGGAUUUCACAAAAAGAAUAUUAUUUCCUCAGCCAAGUAUGCAUGCUUCAGCGAAGUAAACAAGUGUCACACUACUGAUGACAUAAAGACAUUUGUGUACUUUGUCAUCAAACUACCGCGCAUGGAGGGUGGAACUUCCUAUGUUGGGUUUCAAGGAGGUCCUUGGAGGUCUGUUCACAUUGAUGAUAUCAGAAGAUCAAAAGAGUUUCUUUCAGAUGCUCUUUCCUUGAAAAAUAGACUUAUAAGUGAUCUUUUUAAAGAUCCAUCUGAGGCCGUAGAGAAAGAAGACUCCACUGGUGUGCCACAGAAAUAUGACUCCACUGCAUUGGAAUGUUUGUUUGAUACUACAAAUUUGGUGAGAAGUUGUGUUCAGAGUGCAGUGAGCAUGCUGAGAGAUGAAGCAAACAGUGGUGAAUUCAGCACUAAGAGAGUUGAGAAUCUGCUCACUCUUCUGGAUGGAAACCAUACUCAAGGAUUGUUUGCAAAAAUUGUGAGGAAGCGACUUCACUCACUGUUAAAGGACAAUGAGGCCAACAUGCCCAUUCUAAAAAGCUGGGUCCUAAAUGAGGCAUCUAAUGACAGUGCUCUUCAAGAAGGAGGGACGUUCCUGCACACACUGUGGAGGAAAAUCCAAGCAGUUGUCACUCCACUUCUAGCCUACCUGGUCUCAGUCAUUGACCGAGAUUGCAAUAUGGACCUUCUCCUGGAAGAUGAAGAACAAAUUGUGAACCUGUGGCUUGAGAUUUUUGGAAACAAAGAGAUGCUCAGUUUGCCAUACGUCAGGGUGGAAAAGAAAGUAUUCAUGGUACAAAGCCAUGUCACAGGUGGCCAUACCAUGUUCUGCCGCCUGCCCUUCAGUUGGUGGAUCAAAGAGUUCCUAGAUGGGCUCAUGAUGGAAGCAUCCAGACAUCAAAUUGGUCAUUUCUAUGAUUUGUUCUUGGAAACUCCACUUGGCACUUACAUCUCAGAAAAAGCUAAUGAAAAAAUGAAGAGAGAAUUUUUCAAAAGGUAUCUGCAAGAUUUUGUUUCCAUGACCAUGAAAGUGGCAUCAGAUGAAGAGUUACAGCUCCUCUGUCAGGCAAUGGCCAGCUGUGCUGAUGAAGUACGGAAACGAAAACAAGAUAAUGAGCUUUUUCUUCCACUCAUCCACAUUGCCUAUCGUUUUUACCAAAACCGUCUUCAGAACCUCGCACGGAUGAUUUCUCUUCAUCCUGAAGUUAUUUCCCCUUUGCAAAAAAAUCCGGUCAUUAGUGGUUAUCCGUCGAUGGUUUUGGAUGUCUAUGCAGCCAAGGCAUGUGUUGAAAGCCUGGAACCUUCUAACUUAGAGAAUGAUACUGUCUGCCAGCGCUGGCUGAGGAAGGUGAAGAAGGUGCAGGCUUCUUUGGAGUUAAUUUGCUCCCAAAGCAGUAGCAAAAAAUACGGUGAGCACUGCCGGAAAGUACUCCAUGAUUUCAGUAAUGGCUGGAAGCGCAUCCACAUCCUUUCUUUUUUUGUUGAACACAUGCUACUGGGUUUCCAAAAUGAAGACCGUCAGCUCAGGACACAUGUCCUAAACACCAUUAAAACUCUUAGCAAUGUUCUGCAGGAAAACUCGGAUGUAAAAUCUACAAAAGGUUUUGAAGCUGUAGUUAAAGUCCUGAAGUCCUGCAAACAGGAGGCAACUAAUCAGCUUUUCAGGUUUGGCCUUGAGUGUGGGGUGUGCAUGAGAGAGCCUCAGGAAACAGUGGGACUGCCAUGCAAUCACAUCUAUUGCUUAACAUGUAUUAAGAACAGCCUUGAUGCAGGACGGACAUCCUGUCCAAAGUGCCGCCAACAAUUACCAGAUGAUUUCCAACCACAUGUUUCUGAAGACAUAAGCGCAUCUGUGAAGAAAAAUGCAGAAUUCAGGCGAUGCUGCAAUGGUUUCUUUGUUGAUCUGCUCUCUGCCGUGUGCUUCAAGGAUAAUACACCUCCAGCCGAAGGUGUCAUCACCCACCUCUUGUCCUAUCUAAUGAUUGAGACAGAACAUAAACAGAUUCACACCAAAGUAUUAUCACCAUUUGAAGAGUCCCCAGAUAAAAACCCAGUUGUGCGAUCAGUAAUCCUCAAACUGCUACUGAAGUUCAGCUUUGAUGAGGUUCAGAAAUAUUUGCAGCAACAUUUUUCAUCUGUUGAAGAAAGCAGAUUUGUGGAUGAUGGGGACAGAGCAGAGCUCUAUGCUUUAUACAUCAACUGCUUGGAGGACUCCAUCUGGGAGAAAAUGCCGCUGGAGGGUAACAAAGCUGCAGAGUUACAAUUCUUUACUAAUGAAACACAGUUCCUGCGCUUGUUUUUGGAAGAAGACGCUUCUGCUCCAGCAACAGUCUGUAUUCAACACCUGCAACAUAUUGCCCGAUUGCGUGUGACGCUCACCAUGGCUGCAAAGCUCAUCAGUGACAGACUGCCUGGCAACAAUGUCCCAGACAGAGCAGAAGAUUUUCUAAACAUGGUGAUAAAGCUCUGUGAGGACAGUGGGAAUGACUGGUAUCGUGUUUACCUCAUCCGCAAGCUCAGCGAAUCACAGGGUGUGGAGUACGUCCAGACAAUGAUGAAAAACCCUGAGUUCUUCUGGAUUUUCCCUGAAGAGAUACAUCAGCAGAAUGAAGAUGGAGGCCUGAUGGACCAGUAUCUUGUGUAUGGAGAGGAGUACAAGUCCGUCCGAAAAGCAGUUGCCAAGGCAGUAGUGGACGGCGAUGUCGAGCAGAUAGAAGACUCCUGUGAGAGAUGCACGGCAUCACCAAAGAAUCGGACAGUGUUCCUCCUGCUGGCUCUUUUCCGAGAGGUUACAACUCUGUACAGAUCUGAAAACGGGGGUCUUCAUCCUACUCCUGAGCAAUGUAUCAAAUUUGACGACCUCAUCGAGGGCUCAACAUAUCUGCAUCAAGCAGAAGUAAGACGAUUUGCCUCAGCCUUGGUUUACAACAGGUUGGGAGCACUCACCGUCCAGCCUGGUAGUGCUAUCAUGGAGAACACCAUCACUGAGCUGAUCAUUCAUCUGGCAGCUGUGCUGCUCACUGGGAAUCAUCACCUGCUGAUGCCACAAAAGCAUCUCGGUCUAUCUCCUGAAAAUAUGCAGAGGGCUUUUAUACCCACAAUGCCUGAUGACAUGUUAGCUGUUGCCCAGGCAGCCAUACAACAACAAGAAACACACUAUCAGGGCAGACUCACUUGGUAUGUCUGUCCAAAUAAUCACCCAUGCUGUGUUGGUAUGUGCGGCCGGCCCAUGGAGAGAGGCCGAUGUCUGGAAUGUGGCGAAGAAGUUGGAGGGGAACAUCACAUAGCCUUGCCUGGAUUCACACAAGUUCCGUUGCAUGAGGAUCAAACACGUCCCGGUCACAUUCUGGGAGACCCUGAACGGAGAAAUAACCCAGAUGCUUUAGACACCAAACACAUGUCUCUGACUCCCUUUACUCUGGUCAGGUUGGUUACACAUUUGGCCAUGAUGCUGGGAGCCUCAGAGAAACCUGAGGUUGUCCAACAGAUAAUCCAGCCACCCGUGGAGGAUGUCAGUUUGUUUCUCAGGCUGCAUAUAAUAAAGGAUCUUGAACAGCUGUCCCAGGCACUGGGAAAAGGAGCUGACGAUAACAUAACAUCUGUUCACUUGGUGCUCAAAUCACUGCAGGAGCUACCACGGGCCAGUUCCACUACUAUCGACCCUUACCUUACAACCAAAGAAUCCAGAAACACCUGGGAGACUACUGUGGUGACAGAUAUUAUGACACCGAAGUUGAAGGAUCUUGACCAAGUUCUACAAGAGGCAAACGGAAACAUUAGAAAUGACUCCCGUGUAUCUUCCAACUUCAUCAUAAGGACGAUCCACGGUGAUGACUGUAGCUUCCUCGCCUCACUGCAACAGUGCUCUGAGGUCGACAGCUCAGCAGUGUGGAGCUGCAGGGAGAGGCUGUCGCUGCUCAGCCUCACACACAUUAUGGAGACUAAUGAUCAAAAGGAGGAGCUCCCCCUGCUCUGGAGGUUCCUGCAGAAGGAGAGAGAAUUUCGGCUUAUCAAAUUCCUCCCAGAAAUCCUAAACCUGCAGAAACGUUUGGUGAGAAAGUACCAAAAUGCAACUGAAGAUAUCGUGGGCUCCAUCAGAGAAUUCAUUGAUCAGCAAAAAGAAAUGAGGCAAUGGUAUCAAAAACACAUUGAGACCUUCCUGAAAACAUGGAAUCAGCUGAGAGUUUCUGUUACCAGCAAUGAAAUAAAAAUUCCAGAAGAGUUUUGCAGCAGGGAUUUGGACCUGGACAGUGACCUCAGGUACCUCCUGCCCCGUCGGCAGGGUCCAGGCCUGUGUGCCACAGGGCUGGUCAGCUAUCUGGUGACUCUCCACAAUGAGUUGGUGAAUGCAGUGGACCAUCACACACGAGAGGACAGCAGUGACUACACAGUGAGUCUGACAGAGCUAACGGAGCAGCAUGUGAUCAGCUAUGAUGUGGAGAAGGACCUGCUUCCUCUGAUUUUGUCUAACUGCCAGUACAGCUUGGAAUGUGGCCACGAGACAAUAUCUGAGUAUGACCUGCCCAGGAUCCAACAGCAGAUCCUCACCCGCUUUCUGCAGGGAAAACCUCUCAUUACCCGCGCAGGAAUUCCCACGCUGGUCAAUAUGCAAGAGAGAGACUAUGAGACCAUUUUCAAAACUGUUCAUGGAAAAGUGCCACAGAGGGCUCUGUCCCGUUUGAUCUGGAACUCUGUGUCGAGACAGCUGGACUCCUACAGUGAGGUGUGUGAAGCACUGAAGAUUGUGGAGCUGCUUCUGGGUUAUCUCUCAAUGACUGGUGGUGAUCCCACAAUGAAACUGGUCACUUACCUUCAGGAAAUACUAAAGAUGGACCAAAACAUUAAUCAGCACAUACUGAAGGCUUUUGGCAAAUGUGACCUCAAACACUGUGUUUGUCUGUGGCAAGUCCUGUCCUCUCUCAGAUCUGAAAAAAUGCUGCAACUCAAAAGGGAACCCUUUUCGGGGUAUCCAGCCGAGUACCAGGUGCCACUGACUGAGGAAAACAAGACCGAGCUGAAACGAUUCAUGUCCAGAGGAAAUGUGGACCAGUGGCUGCUUGAGAUGCACGAGUUCCUCUUGUUGCGUCUGGGCCGCCUACGGGCAACUGAGGACUACAAUCCAUCAUGGAGUCUGAAGGAGGCGGUCAGUGCCUACAUGGAUCGUAAAGAAGUAGAAGUUGCUCUUUACGUGGAGGAAAACUUCUCUGAAAAUGUGCUGCUGUCUCAGAUAAUUGAGACCUGGAAAUACACCAUCACAGCCAAACAGGAGUUGAUGAAUGAGUGAUGACCUGAAUGAGUGCAUAGAGAGAUAUUAGUUAUCUAAAGAAGUAAACAAUUUAUUGGUGUAAUAAUCAUAGGAUGUGUUGUGCUGUUAAUUUGUUUUUGGAAUUAUUUUAGAAAUUCAAUUCAACAAAAUACUAUAUUUACAUGUUAAUAUUUCAUUUUUCAUUAUAUUUAACUUCUCCUGUGAAUGGGUUGAAUUUAAAAAUAGUAAAAAAAGAGUAAUAUUAUCAUGCUGCAAGGAGUGAAUAAUAUUUCUCCAUCUAAUAAGAAAUUAAAGCGAUAGGUGAUUGAUACACAUAGAAAAAAGCAAAAUCUUGUAAUCCAAUAUAAAUAAAUGUGCAUGGUGCGAUCAUAAACAUGCAAGGGAAUGGUAUACUGAGCGUUUUACACUUUUUCAUACAUAUUUAAUUUUUCUUAUAUUUUUAAAUUCUUUAAGUUUUUAUUUACAUUUAUGUAAAAGUUCAGAUUUGCUACAUUUUAUGGUUUUUUUUUUAUUUAAUAGUUUGAUUUAUCAGAUUUUUAUGACGUGUAUUAAACCUGGUUGUGUUCAGCAGAUAACUGAGAGAUGAAUUGGAUGAGUUUAGAGAGAUUUUAGUUUAUCAGUUAACUUUAAUUCAUACGACUUCUUUGAACUCUUUUAUUUGUUUAUAGUCUUGUUGAUGUUUUUCUUGAUUUGUUUAUGAGAAAGAUUAGAAAUUACCUUUAAGCUCUGUGAAAACAAUGAAACAGCAAAGCAAAUUAAACUCAAGCACAUCAUGAGUGAGCUGCUCAUGUAUUCACUGUGAGAGUAUAUACAGUAUGACUGCUUUCAUAUAUUUUAUAUAUCAUUCUCGCAUGAUUAUGUUUUUUGUUUUAAAGUAAAAUCUUUUAGGGUGAAGUAACAACAGGAUGGAUUGAUAAACUAGUGCAAAAAUUGCACAUUUUCCAUUUUUUCUGACAUGUUAAAAAACUAUUAAUGUUCAUUUACAUAAAAGUGACUUGAAUACGUUCAUUUAAACAAAAAAAAUUGACUUGCAGUCUGAGAUUAUUUCCAUUUAUCUGUGCUGGAAAGUUGGAUUUAUCAGAUUUUUGUGUGUUAAGUGACUUCAUCAAACAUGAAGUAUAUUUGAGAUAAACUGGAUGAGUUUAUCGUUUUAUUUUUCAUCAUAAAAUUUAUAAACCAACAGGUUUUAAUUUUCUAUUUUUGUUUUUUCAUUUUAAUUUUUCAUUCAUUUACUGAGAAAAUUGAUCACUUUGAUGAUGAUUUACUGUUUUGUUUUUUCAUGGUAUGUUUUAGCAUUAUUCUUGCAUUUAUUUUACUGCUAAAGAACAAAAUCUGAUUUAAACACUUUAAAGACAUGAUACUGAGUAAAGAAAUUAAUGACUGAUAGUUUUCUUUUUACAUUUUACUAACAGUGUCAAAUACUUUGUUUGCAUCAAUAUGAAAGUCAAUAUUUUACAUUUUAUCUGUUUGCUCUAAUACUUGGAUUUUAAAAAAUUAAAAAUAACACUGAGACUCAACGAAAACAAUGAUACACAGCAAGGCAGAUAAAACGAGUGCAUUAUUUCUUCGAUAUGAGCCACCUGCUCAUUUGUUGCAUUUUGUCAAUCUAAAAAAAUUAUCAAGAGUUAUUUAGAAAAUUCAGAAAUGCAUUGUUGAAUUUGGCAAUCAUAUAGUGUGAAACUGUUGAUUUACUCUUUAUGCCGAAGGAUUAUGCACACUUUUCUUUUUUUUUUCUGCUUUCUUUUUUUUAUCAAGUAUAUUUUACUAUUGACCAACACUCAGAGACAAAAUUGUAUUACUUUUUCUUACAUAUAUCAAGUAUCCUGUAUUGAUUAUUCAUUGUGUAUCUGCUAAAAGAUUAAAGUACAUUGGAAAAAUGUUCCUCUGAAAUAGUCAAUAAAGCAGUUGUUACACACAUGUGA